AGAGGAGAGUCGGUCAAGUCAUAAAGAUAACACAAAAAUAAUUCGCUAUUUCAUCUCAUAUUGCUGAUAAUUCCACUGUGCGGCAUAACGUCACAUACCUAGUUGCAGGAAGUCGAUGUUCAUUAGAAGUGAAUUUCCUCUCACGGAAAAUUCACGAUUAUUCUCAAGUAUAUUGUUAUUACGAGUGAAUUACGGUAGGUACUCUAUACAAUUAUAAGUGAAACUGUGAUACAUAUAGGCCUGAUAAUUAUAUGAAACAGAAACUGAAUAAUUAUAUAAGUGGAACUGUGUGGUUUUUACCUUACCUUUCUUCAGUGCUUACAGCUUUAACGUUCUAUUAUAAAACUACGACGAGUUUUGAAAGUGUUUUAUUAUUGAAUGUGUGUAAUUUAAUUUGAAUACUUAUUAAACCUUGCGAUGGUUUCUAGAAAACUUGUGUUUGUCAUAAUUAUUUGUGCAGUGGCUGUGAAGCAAGUGGUAGCUGCAAAUCUCUCUUGCCCGAUAGAUGAAGCUCGAAUCAUCGGUAGAAUAGAUGCCGACGGAAAUUUUAAAGCUGCAGAAGUUUCAGGUCAUGGUAGACAACUCCAGAUAAGUAAAGAGGAGAAUUGGAUUAAAUUCCCAAGCAAAUCCCACAGGGUUGGAGAAGUUUUCAAUGAGGCGCCGAACGGAGAAAAUCAGGCUCAAGGUUACGGGUGCACAUGUGGAGUUCUGGACACUUGUGUUCCCAAGUGCUGUCCCCCGGGACAAGUGGUGAAAAUGCUGAGUGACGGGAUUUGCGAGGAUAGAGACUUGAGUCUUGUCGAGAGUCAUCUGACAGUUUACGAGAGUAAAGACGGUGAUGAGCUAGCUCAUCAGGAUUCUUCACCUGGAAAAGUUAUUCUCUACCACAAAAUGUUGAAAUGUUCUGCCGAUGGUGCCAAAGUUCUCAACAGUCACAAACUGCUGAAAUUCGGAAGUCUGCACGGUGUUUCUGAGUCUAUCGAUAAUGCCGAUAGAGCUAAUAGAAUAUUCGAAAGCUCCGAAUACUGUAUAGAUUUCCGUUUAGAUGAGGGCAAACCUUCUGCGUUCGCAUGUCGAGUGACAAGUGCUUGGAAAAAGUUCUAUCCUUAUUUGUAUUCAUUGAACAGUUUGUUUUUCUUCCUCACAUUCGUGGUGUACAUGAUGCUUCCAAAGCUGAGGAGGUCGAAAGGGUACCUCCUCCUCAAUUACACUGGAGCAGCGACCAUUGGCUAUGCUUCCAAUGCCAUCAACCAAUUCGAUGUUAUAACUGAAGACCUCACCUGCUCGUUCGUUGCAUACACAAUGUACUUCUUCUUACUGGCCGGUUUCUUUUGGUUGAAUGUCAUGUGCUAUGACAUCUAUUCCGCAUUUAGGAAAAUGAAAAGUAUGCCGAGAAGUCAGAGCAAGAAAAGGUACGUGAUGAUUGGUCACUCGUGCUAUGCUUGGGGUUGUCCAUUGGUCAUGACGGUGUUCGCCUACUUUGUCGAUAUGAUUGGGCCAUCAUGGUUGAUCAGGCCAAGACUGGCUGUCAGCUCUUGCUGGUUCGGAGAGACAGCUUCAUUGUAUUUGUACUUCUACGGACCAAUGAUGUUAUUGCUGGCAGCCAAUAUCUAUUUCUUCGCAAUCACAAUCUAUAAACUGUAUGAAGUUUCAAAACAAACUGCAGUGCUGAAAAACUCUGAAAGCAAUUCAAAUCACGAGAAGGAGAGGGAUCGCUGCUACCUGUACGGCAAACUGUUCGUAGUGAUGGGCGUGUCUUGGGUAAUGGAGGUGGUUUCCGAACGCCUGGGAGGCUCCGAGUACCUGUGGUAUCUGACGGACAUCUUCAACAUCUGCCAGGGCAUCGGAAUCUUCAUCAUAUUCGUUUUGAAGCGGCGCGUUCUCUACAUGCUCAACAAGAAGUUCCUGCCAUCACACAUGUUCAUCAGCGAGUGUGAAACAACAAAGGCGACCUCCAGCUCUACAGCAACCACAUCCAACAAUGGCAAUGCUUUGAAUGGCGCCGCUCUUAAUGGAAACGGUCGCAAGCAGGAGGCUGCAGACAAUAUGUAUGUCGAGAAAGGCUACGACAACCCCAUACCUAUGACUCCGAUCUCCACUCGUGUUGACGCACAAAAUGGCGGUACUACAAAUGGGGACGUGUCGGUUCCUAUAGAUGACACAACAGUGAUACAACGAUAUUAGAAUGUUUGCUAAAGCAUUGUGGAAAAUGUUGUACCUAUAUGAGAUGCAUGCGUUGAAUUUCACAAGAAGAAAAUGUUUGUACAAAUGAAACGCUGUCGGUUUCUAUAGAUGACACGACAGUCAUGCAACGAUAUUGAGAUGUCUGUUGGAUUGUGGAAAUAUUGGACAGAAAAUGUGAUUCAUGUAUUGUAUUUAUCAUAAUUUAACAAGGAUUUGUUCAUUUGGAAAGAGAGAAAGCAGUCUACGGUAGAAAUAUUGUUCAGAAAAUGUGAUUCAUGCAUUGUAUUUAUCAUAAUUUAACAAGUAUUUGUUCAUUUCGAAAGAGAAAAAUCAGUCUACGGUAGAAAUAUUGUUCAUAAAAUGUGUGAUUCAUGCAUUGUAUUUAUCAUAAUUUAACAAGUAUUUGUUCAUUAUUUUGGAAAGAGAAAAAUCAGUCUACGGUAGAAAUAUUGGUGGAAAUAUUGUUCAGAAAAUGUGAUUCAUGCAUUGUAUUUAUCAUAAUUUAACAAGUAUUUGUUCAUUUGGAAAGAGAAAAAUCAGUCUACGGUAGUUGACAAAAUGGUGGUACGAAAGGAGGCCUAUAGAUGACACAACAGUGAUACCGGUACGACAGUAUUGACAUGACUGCUAAGAUUGGGGGAAAUAUUUCACAAAAUAUUAGAUUCAUGCUUUGAAUUCUACAUAUAACAAAUAUUUGUUUAUUUGGAAAGAGAAAAAGUAGUUUACGGUAGCAGUCAAAAUGCUAGAACAAAGGGAGACCUGUCGGUCACUUUAGAUGACACAACAGUGAUGCGAUGAUAUUGAAAUGACUGUUAGCAUGAUUGCGGAAGAUACUCCACAAAAUAUGAGAUUCAUGCAUUGAAUUCCACACAUAGCAAAUAUUGUUACGAAGGGAGACCUGUGGGUUCCUAAAGAAGACAAGAUGAUAAGACGAUAUUAGAAUGUUUGCUAAAUUGUAGAAAUAAUGUACGAAAUAUGAAACUCCUGCAUUGAGUUUGCAUUCACAUCUGGCAAACUCUUGUUUAUUUGGAAAUAUUCUACUUGACAGUCAGUGACUUUUAAGAAGACACUUAUUAUAGAAGCUGGAAGUAUUUUUAUUUUUUUAUGAUGCCCACAUAAGGUUUUUGCAUGUGUGUGAGUGAUUUGAUGAGAUAAGAUUUUUAUAAUGGAUGAUUUAUAAGAGAUGAGAUUUUUACAUUGGAUCUGUUAAGAGAUCUGCUGAAUUAAAAUAUUUAACAAAAAUUCGAAUGAUUUUGAAAUAUAUGUAAAAUGGUAGCCUGUAUAAAUAAAUGUCAUGUUCCACACUUCAGAAGCCAAUAUUUUUGAAUUACAAAUAGUUGUUUGUUUGCAAGUGUCGAAUAGAACUAGGAUGAAGAGUUGAUAAGUUGAAUAGAGUGUAGUAAACUUAGGACUAUUGAAUUUACAAAAGUUGGAUACAUCUAUAGCCUGAUGGAUUCAUCCAAUUUUUAUCCAUUGGAUCUGUGGGUAAUUUGAUCUUUGUUAAACUUUGUAUUAUAAUUGAAUGUGUAAUUGUUUUUGAAUGUCAUAUAACGUGAUGUGUCAAGUUGAAGAGCAGUCAAUUUGAGACUCUAUUAUUGGCACUUAUAAAGCUGAAGGUAUUUCAGUACAUUGGACAUGUGAAAAAAACGUGGUUCGAUUUGGAAAUAUUUGACUGAAGUUUAAAAUAUUGAACAGAAUAUUAUAUUCAUGAUUUGAUGAAUUCCACAUAGCAAAGGUUUGUUUAUUUGGUAAGUUCAUGCUGAAUAUUACCGCAGUUUAUAAGGACUCAAUGGCACUACUAAAAGCUAAUAUGUAGCAUAUCUAUGUGGUGUUUGUAUCUUGAAACAAACUUAAUGUUGGAUCUGUAAUUUUUAUCUUGGAUCAAGUAUUGAAGAUACUACCUAGUUAAAUUUGAUUAAAUUCGAAUUUGAAAAUCUAUCUUCAAUUCAGUUGUAUUGAAGAUUUAAAGACAUUGCUGUAACGUGAGACUAUUAAAAAUAAUAUUCAUUCUAUGUGAAUCCGGUUUGCAGUGCUAAAGGAUCUAUGCUUUUUCUUGUAAAAAUAGAAUAAAUAAAGAGUAUCCUCGAAAAUAAAUCAAAAUUACAAUAAUUACUGUUGAUUAUAUUAACAGGAGCAUGACCAAGCUUCAAAUGUAAUAAUACUAUAGUCCAGCCAUGUCAGUAUAUAGGGACACUGUUUGGUGAAAUAAUUCAUUGUACAUUAAGAAUUUAUAAACUUUUAAUUUGUUUUAAAAAUGUGUUUUUUGAGAGUUUAUGUGAAUGAUUCUCUUUCAAGCAGUAUAUAAAAUGUUCAAUAGAUAACUCAUUAGCCCUCCUAUCAGCCUUUUUAUUGUGCUGUACUACUAGUCUAGUCAUUCAUUUUAAAUAUAUAGGUUAAGUAGUAUUAUGAGUAGAGUGGUGACCUACAAUAUUGUACUUAUGAUAGAAAAUGCCAUAAUAUGCGGAGUAUUUUCUGUAUUCAAAGUGCUUAAAAAAUGUGAAUACAAAUACGCAAUCACAAUAGCUCGCAUUAAAUAAUGUGACCAUUUAAUCGGUUAUAUUGUAUUCAAUUUGUAUGUUUUGUUAACGGAUGAUAGUUUUUAAUGUAAGAAAUGGAAGGCAUAGAUACAUUAUUCUUGUAGUCUGAAUAACUAUAUGAACUGAAGUUGAAUGUGAAUGAAUUGUAUGAGUAGCUGGAAUUUGUCAAUUCAUUGAGUUAUGAAGUUUUGAUUGAUACCAUGAACAUUUUUGAAAACUUGGAAUAGUGUGGAGACGAAAUUGGAUCAAGUAUUUGUAUGAUUUCAAUUACCGGUAUUUAAAGUGAAUUAGUGGUUGUUCUUAGAAUAUUUUGGUCUAGAGAAAUUAAGAUUGAAGGUUUUUGUAAUGUUAGUAUAACUUACUUCAAUUAGAUUCGAGUCAACAUUGAUAUUAGCUCUCCUUCUAGAACUAAAAAGCUCUGCCUGAACUAAAAAUUAUAUUUUAUCAAAAGCAUAAAUCUUACUAUAAAUAUAAUUGGAGAUGAUAGUUAUUGAAACUGUAUCUGAGAAUAAUAAUUAUUACUGUACCGUAUAUUGUAUUACAUUAUUCAACACUUUUAAACGUAUUUUUUUCAGCAAAAAUGUAUUGCUCCAUGAAUUUACCAGUAUUAAUAAUUAAGAAUAGCCCAGAUUCUAGUAGGUACUAGUAUAAAUUCGACAAAUAGCGUGAGCCUGCUUCUAAUAACGAAUUAACCAGUAUACAGUAUUUCAAUUGAGAAUAGUUUUGUUCUAACCAGAUGCUUGCUCGAGAGAUGAUUUCCUUCAAAAGAAGUGAACCGUAUUAUUAAGCUAUGGUUCUCCACAAGUUUUCCAGCAUUUUCAUUUGAAAAAUACAUUAUUCAAUUGAUCUUGAAUCUUUUAUGUUGUAUUGAUGUGUACUGUUAACAAUGAAUAAAAUGCCAGUAUUCUAUUUAAGAAUUUUAUAAUGCUGCUUUUCGGCUAAAUUCACAAAUGUUUAUAGGCUAUUGAUAUAAUUAUAUGGCGAUAUAUAUAUUAAGAUAUCAUUUGCAUGAAUUAUUUGUUUUAUUAAAAUAAUUGUUUAUAAAAAGCA